AAGUUUAUAAACUACGACGAUAUGACAGUAAACAAAACUAGCCGGUCUCGAAAGAAAGUGAAAAAAGUGCUUUCAAAAGACGAUCUAAAUGAAGUUCGCACCUCCCUAGUCAGUUUUGGUUUUGUACCUUCCCACAACCCUUUGCUGGGGCAUUUUUCAAAAUGGCGGACGGCAUAGAGGUUCCUGUCCAAGUUAAAAUUCACGUUCAAGAAAUCGUCAAGGUUGAGUUUGAGAUACAAAAUAAUGUUCAAAGUAUACGACAAUGCCAGGGGCCAUUAAGUCUAUUGAACGACUUGAAUUUGAAAGUAAAACAAAAGAUCAAUUCUUUGAGGCAGAAAGUUGAGGUCCUGGAGCAAGUGGCAUUUGAGCAAGACAAAGAAUCAGACAGAUUAGCAAUAUUAGCAGCCAUGCAGCAUCAUAGAAAAGAACUUCAAAGCCUGCAAGCAUCCAUUAGGAAAGCCAAUGUAGCCUCCAUGGCAAUAAUUGACAAAAGCGAAAAAGAAGAAUUGUUUGGAGGACAAGCUUCCAGUGUAAGAAACAGAACCUUCAACAAAGAAAAUUUAGCAAAGACUGCCAGUAACAUAACUCAAGAUUUGAUGAGUAUCGCUAGGAUGAUGGAUGGCCAAGUCAAACAGAGUGAAGCCGAUAUGCAGAUACUAGCACAAUCUUCUUCUCAAGUUAAGGACACACAAGAAGAAUACAAAGGUUUAUCAGGAGUAAUCCAGACAAGCAAGAAUCUUCUGAAUAAGUAUAACAGAAGAGAGGUGACAGACAGAUUAUUGAUUUUCUUUGGACUUGUGUUGUUCUUCUCUACAGUUCUGUACAUUUUAAAAAAGAGGCUCCCAAUUUUUGGGGGCUAAAUCUUAUAUUUUGUUCAUUUAACUGUGCAUAAACAAAAAUUAAAUUAUAUUAUUGAUAA